GCACCGCUUCCGGGGUCGGGAGCCCGAUCGCGGCCGGCUCCGGCUUCCCGUGGGUCGGGUACGCGGGAGGCCAUGGCGUCCUCCUCGGCCCCGCCGGCCACCGUACCGGCGAGUACAGCGGCCCCCGGCCAGGGUUUCGGCUUCGCCUCCAAAACCAAGAAGAAGCAUUUCGUGCAGCAGAAGGUGAAGGUGUUCCGGGCGGCUGACCCACUGGUGGGCGUGUUCCUGUGGGGCGUAGCCCACUCGAUCAAUGAGCUCAGCCAGGUGCCUCCCCCUGUGAUGCUGCUGCCAGAUGAUUUUAAGGCCAGCUCCAAGAUCAAGGUCAACAAUCACCUUUUCCACAGGGAAAAUCUGCCCAGUCAUUUCAAGUUCAAGGAGUAUUGUCCCCAGGUCUUCAGGAACCUCCGUGAUCGAUUUGGCAUUGAUGACCAGGAUUACUUGGUAUCUCUUACCCGAAGUCCCCCGAGUGAAAGUGAAGGCAGUGAUGGUCGCUUCCUUAUCUCCUAUGAUCGGACUCUGGUCAUCAAAGAAGUAUCCAGUGAGGACAUUGCUGACAUGCAUAGCAACCUCUCCAACUACCACCAGUACAUUGUGAAGUGCCAUGGUAACACGCUGCUGCCCCAGUUCCUGGGGAUGUACCGAGUUAGCGUGGACAAUGAAGACAGCUACAUGCUUGUGAUGCGCAACAUGUUUAGCCACCGUCUUCCUGUGCACAGGAAGUAUGACCUCAAGGGCUCCCUAGUGUCCCGGGAAGCCAGCGAUAAAGAAAAGGUUAAGGAAUUACCUACCCUUAAGGAUAUGGACUUUCUCAACAAGAACCAGAAAGUUUAUAUUGGUGAAGAGGAGAAGAAAAUAUUUCUAGAGAAGCUAAAGAGAGAUGUGGAGUUCCUAGUGCAGCUGAAGAUCAUGGACUACAGCCUUCUGUUGGGCAUACAUGACAUAGUUCGUGGCUCUGAACCAGAGGAGGAGGGGCCUGUGCGGGAGGAAGAGUCAGAGGGGGAUGGGGACUGUGGCCUGACUGGACCUCCUGCUCUGGUGGGCUCCUAUGGCACCUCCCCUGAGGGUAUUGGCAGCUACAUGCUUUCUCAUCGGCCCCUGGGCCCUGGAGAGUUUGAAUCCUUCAUUGAUGUCUACGCCAUCCGGAGUGCUGAAGGGGCCCCCCAGAAGGAGGUGUAUUUCAUGGGCCUCAUUGACAUCCUGACGCAGUAUGAUGCCAAGAAGAAAGCAGCUCAUGCAGCCAAAACUGUCAAGCAUGGGGCUGGGGCAGAGAUCUCUACCGUCCAUCCUGAGCAGUAUGCUAAGCGAUUCCUGGAUUUUAUUACCAACAUCUUUGCCUAAGAGACUUCGUGGUCACUGCUACUUUAUGUUCAAGGUGGUGGGGUUCUGAGAGCCUUGGGGGAAUUGCGGAUAUUCUGGUCACUAGUUCUCUUCCUCUGCUAAAUUCAGGCUACAGGCUCCUUUCUUCCAAAUAACUCCAUCUUAUUGAGUAGGCUCUUCCUGGCCCUCAGAAAUAUAUCAUCUUCUCUCCCCUUUGUCCAGUUUUCUCCCCUCUCUUUCUCCCCUUCAACAUGUCUGCUUGCUUCAUUAGAGUGUUACUGUUGAUUCUCUCCCAAGUGCCUUGAUUUUUGUAAAAUGUUCUGUUGUUUCUAUAAAAGUAGAAGAAUCUGGCGGGAGGGGGUUGUUUGCUGUCUUCAGGACCUGACUGGACAGAUGGAACUGGCUCAAGCAACUACUCUGGAUGCACUUUGUUCUGUGGGAUGAACACUAAGUGUCUGAAUUUUGCUGAUAACUUUAUAGAACUCACUGGGGCAUACCUGCUUCCUGGUAGGCCCUGGGAUGAAAGACUUUGAAGAUACUACGGGUGCAGGCAUGCACACAUGAUGAGAUAUGGCCAAUCUUACACACACAGGUGGGGUGGAGAGUGGUCAGCAGGCUUGCACCUCAUGGAGGUGGGAACUAAGAGGCCUCUUGUGAUUGAUUAUGUAGAAAACUGGAGAAAGUCUCUGUCAAGGAUGGACUCCUCUCUCCAAUCUCUUCCCUCACCCCACUUCGACCCUCACCUCUGUACUUCUGGACACAGGAGCCCAGAGAUGGGUGGCCAGAGUGUUCAAGGCCAGGUGAAGGUGUUCACUGCUGCUGUUCCUCCUCAAGACCACACACCCCUUCUGGCGCUGGAACCCUUCAGUGGAGGAGUGACCAGUUCUGUAGGCUGGGAUGAUAGGCCAGGGGUCUAAGGUUCAUCCCCCACGUUAAAUUUCUUUCCUUCAUGUCUAGCCAUCCCUGAGGUGUUAUUCCCAGGAGAAGGUAAUGUCUCUACCUGGGUCAACCCUGGACAUUUCAAGAGAAUGGAGGUCUCAAGUAUAGGAACCUCCUCUACCCACUGGAGGUGUGUGCCUAGCACACUUCCUUCCCCCACUCCUUCUCAAACCCUUUUACCAGUUGGAUUUGUUGUUCUGUUCUCUUCUACCCCAUCUUAUUGCUACUGUGUCUCCCAGUCAUCUUCACUCUCUAUUCCCAGAGAGGAAUCAGAGCUGUAACUCCAUCACCCAGCCUCCUCCAAAGACAGUGGACUGGAUGCAUGAUAUUCUCAGAAUGUAGAGGAUCCUGAUGCGCCCAGAUAGUGUCCUCCCCACCCUCCAGUGCCUUUGGGGCAAAGGCAGCCAUUCUUCUUGCUAUCCUCCAUACCCCUGAGGCUUCUACAUUUUAAAAAAUAUAUAAAGAUGGAUACCAGCAACUGGCCUGUGGGGAUGCAAAGAUUAUUUGCUCUGUAUCUGGCUGGACUGAUCUGUCUCACAAGAAGUCACGAGGUCAUAAAGAAGAAUUCCUGCCCUGGCUGAUGUGGCUCAGUUGAAGCAUCAUCCGAUACACCAAAAGCUUGUGGGUUUGAUUCCCAGUGAGGGUACAUACCCAGGUUGCGGGUUCGAUCCCUGGUCAGGAUGCAUAUGGAAGGCAACCGAUCAGUGUUUCUUUCUCCCUCUCCAAAAUAAAAGAAUAAAAGUAAAAACAACAACAACAAAAUCCCCUUCCCCCCUCCCCCUCCUCCAUCUUUGGCUCCAAAGUAAGUAACUAGAGGAGUCCCAGUUAAGGAUUGGGACUUACAAUACCAUCCUGCCCAGAGCCUACCUUUCCCCUGGUGAAUGCUCUAAGACUCCAUAACACCAGCAACCGUUGUUCUUUAGGAAUGGGUUUUCUGACCAUGUAGCUGAUGUAUCAUGAGCAGUGUGGUCUUCCAUUUGUUGCUUCUAAUUUUCAUCUUUUUUAUCAACUAAUACAAAAGAUAUUGUGUAUUUACUCCCAUUGCUGUCACUAUAUAGAAAUUAAAUUAUGGAAUCUAAAUCCCUCCACAGAAAUGCCUCUUUUUUUUUUUUUUUUUCCUUUUCAGAAGAAGCCUGUGCUUAGGAUUGCAGGGACCAGAUGACAAAAUCUGAUCUUUAAGAUGUUGAGCCCCUAAGUAAGGAUGUAGGUUUCUACUUAGAUGGCUGUGAACUUAAAAGGUUGUGAGGGCCCUAACCGGUUUGGCUCAGUGCACAGAGCGUCGGCCUGCAGACUGAAGGGUCCCGGGUUCGAUUCUGGUCAAGGGCAUGUACCUUGGUUGCGGGCACAUCCCCAGUGGGAGGUGUGCAAGAGGCAGCUGAAUGAUGUUUCUAACUCUCUAUUCCUCUCCCUUCCUCUCUGUAAAAAAUAAGGUAUAUAUAUUUUUUUUAAAAAAAGGUUGUGAGGAUUGUGGCCCUGGCCAGGUAGCUCAGUUGGUUAGAGCAUCGUCCCAAUACGCCAAGAUUGCAGGUUCGAUCCUGGUCAGGGCACAUACAAGAAUCAAUCAAUGAAUGCAUAAAUAAGUGGAACAACAAAUCAAUGUUUCUCUUCCUCUCUAAAAAUCAAUCAAUAAAACAAAGUUUUUAAGUUG